AUGGCCAGCCUCGAGGACACAGACGAUCUCUACGCCGACCUCUACGGCGCGGCCGAGGGAGGCGUCGGCGACGUCGUUGACCUCGGAAGCGAAGACAAGGACACCGCCAAAGUCGAGCAGGAUCUCAUCGGCUACGAGGACGACGACCAGAAGGAUGUUGGUGGCGAUAGCCGCGAUGCCGGCAAGUCGGGCGACGAGGCUGCUGCCGCUCCUAGCACGUCGUCGUUCAUUCCUCCGCCGUCGUCUGCACAGCAGCAGCAGCAACACGGCGGUGGAAUGCAGAUCAAGGGCAGCUUCAUCCCGCCCCCCGAGUCGUCGUCGCAGGCGCACGGCGAUGUCAGAGAUCUGACACCUUCGAGCCGCAACGAUGCAUCCGCUUCGGCAUAUGACGCUGGCGCUGGCGGGUAUGGAGGCCAGCAGGGCGCAGCCGACGCAAACCGCAACGGCAACCGCGAGUUGCCGCCUCACGAGAUGCCAGAAGAGGGUCGUGCGAUCGGCUUCGGCAUCCCUGCCCGCUCUUGGACUAUGGUUCUACAAAGCGGCUCGAUCCACUUGACAUCGACAGUCAUUGACCUCUUGCACUCCUCUCCGUGUCGCCUUUCCCGCUCUCUUGUGCUGUUCACUAAUCGUCACCGCUUUACAUCGCAUCGUGUUGUAUCGCAACGCAUCCUUCAUCGCCAUGAUCCUUGUUGUCACCGUCACCGUCACCGUCACCGUCACUACCGUCAUAUGCACAUCACCACCGUCGCUGAUACCUUCACUGUCACCGUAUUCGCAUUCAUCAUCAUCGCCGCUACUACCGUCAUCUUCGUCGUCUUCGUCAUCAUCUGCAUCAUUACCGUCACCGUCGUCAUUCGCUUCACGCACUUGAUCAAAAUGUUUGUCGGCGGUCUCAACUGGGACACCACCGAAGAUUCGUUGCGACGCCACUUUUCGCAGUUUGGCGAGGUGGGCCACUGCACCGUGAUGCGCGAUGCCAACACCGGCCGCUCGCGCGGCUUUGCCUUUCUCAACUUUGUCGAUCCCAAGGCGGUCAACACGGUCAUGGUGCGCGAGCACUAUCUCGACGGUAAAGUGAUUGAUCCGAAGCGGGCAAUUCCGCGUCCUCAGCAGAGCCAUCACGGGCUCGGUGGAGGGUUCGGUGCUGGACAGCCGGCUGCGAACCAGAAGCUGUUCGUUGGAGGGCUGCCGGCGAGUGUGACGCCGGAAUCGUUCCGAACCUUCUUCGAACAGUUUGGUACACUGUCCGAAUGCACCUGCAUGAUGGAUCGCGAGACGGGCCGACCGCGCGGAUUUGGCUUCCUCACGUAUGCAGACGAUGCAUCGCUGGAGCGCAUCCUAUCCACAAACCCGAUCCUGUUUGACGGCAAGGAGGUCGACGUCAAGCGCGCGCAGUCCAAGAACGAUCCGCAGUCGCUCCAGCUGCGACGCCAACAGCGCUUCGACAACCCGGACGGCUCUAUGGGAACCGGCAUGGGCCCUGGUAUGGGCGGCCGCAUGCAGCAAGGCAACCGCUUCGCCACGGGCAGCAACAGCUACGGCGGUGGCAACAUGGGCGGCAACGGAUGGGGGAUGAAUCCGAUGAUGAUGGGCAUGAUGGGUCAAAACGCAGCCGGGGGCUUCGAUCCCAACGCCAUGGCGCAGAUGUACCAGAGCAUGGGAUGGAAUCCGCAGAUGGCAUGGCAGCAGAUGAUGGCCAGCAUGUCGCAGGGCGGUGCAGGUGGUGCGGGUGGGAUGGACGUGAACGCCAUGAUGGGCGGUAUGGGCGCAAUGGGCGGCAUGGGCAACAUGAGUCCGCCACCCGCCAACUCGAUGAGCCCCACGCUCGCCGCCGGUAGCGCGAAUGGCGGCAAUGGACGCGCGUCAUCCAACGGACCCAGUGGACCGAACGGUGAUGAUCGUCACGAUCGCAGCGACCGCGGCGGACAGCGUGGAGAUAGCCACACGAGCGGCAACGGCGGCGGAGGCUCGCGCGCAGGCUUGCCGUCCAAGCCGGGCUACGACUCGCGCGACUCGCGCGAACGCUCUCCCGCACGCGGCGGUUCGCGCGACGACCGAAGCUACCGCCGCGAACGCAGCCCCUACCGCCGAGACGAGCGUCGCCAAGACAACGGCUACCGCAACCGCUACUGA